UUGAAAGACUUUUACAUAAGAAAUCCGACGCCGCUUCCAGAUUUACCAUUGCUCUGGCCUUCAGGGAAGAAGGGUGCAAUUUUAGUGGCCAAAAUACUCAUGAUAUUUGUCGAUGUCUGUGUAAUGCUGAUCGCUCUCUACUACAGCCUUGCAAAGUUGACAGACAUGCGAGACUGGUUAGUGUUUACCAUUGUCACAGCUACCUGGGGCGGAUCCUUGUAUUGGGAAAUGACUAUCCGUACGUUCCGAUUGACAAUGAGAGACGGCUUUUAUCGGCCACUAGGAGCGACGCCUCGGUGGAGUUUUGAUUACCUGACCUAUGUUUCCUUUCUCUGUGUCAUCGCUGUCCUCACAUUGUUCGUAGUGGGCACGAUACGGAGUCCUGUGUGGAUGAAGGUGUUGAGUAUGCCAGUUCCCCCGAUACUGUUUUGCCUUGGGGGUAGCAUUUUUAUCCUCGAUAUCUUUCACCUAGUAGACUGGAAAGCUCCUUUCCGUCUGAGCUCUACUCCCGUGGCGCCGCAGUUCGUCCGGGGUUGUACUAUCUCAUCGAAGAUACAAUAGCUGUGAAUUGCAGCGGGGGCCGACCGUUCCGAGAAGUUCUGGCCGUCCGAUAUGAACGCAGUCUUCGAUUUCGGAAAUUGGUGCUCUCCCCAUCAAUUUUCUGGUCCUUGUCUGCCAUUCUUAUGGCGACGAGUCUUACGGCAUUUUUACUGUUGGAUAUUGUGGCGGCAGAUAUGGCCUACGGCAUC